AUGUGCAUUUUGCAAAAACCAUUCUUUGACGCUCAGUUUGACGCUGCCCAGAACUUUGGUGGCAUCGGGGCGGUCAUCGGACACGAAAUUACCCACGGGUUCGACAACAAGGGCCGCAAAUACGAUGGCGACGGCAACUUGAAAGAGUGGUGGUCGUACGCCACCAGCACUGCGUUCAACACGAAAUCCCAGUGCAUUAUCGACCAGUACGCCAACUUUGUCGUAAAGAGCGAAGUCAAUGACGCUGUAUUGGGCAACAUCAGCGCCGUGAUCUCUUUGGAUGAAAACAUUGCGGAGAACGGGGGGCUAAAGACCAGUUUCCGCGCAUACCACGAGUACUUAAAGAAGUUCCCGUCCCAGUACACGGAAGAAGCAGGCGACAAGUUGUUCUACUUGUCGUACGCCCAAUCCUGGUGCUCCAAGAGCACGGAUGCCUCCCUCAAAAUGACUAUGAGGGGCAAGCACCCGCCCAAACGGUUCCGCGUGACAGGGGCGUUGCAAAACGACGCUGAGUUUGCCCGUGUGUUCCAAUGCCCCACCGACUCGUACUUGAACCCGUCUAACAAGUGCUUGUUGUGGGAAUAG